AAUAGUGUAAUACUAAGAGCCCCAUUUUAUUUCUGUUUUCCUUUCUUCUCUACCUCUUCUGCAUCAAGCUGUCGUGACCCUCGCAAACAGGGGACUGAUGAAAACGCUUCUCUACUUGAUAAAGACCAGGUUCGAGCAAGAAACCUGGUUUUUGAAUCAUCUGGUCAUUCAGACAUGUUGAUGUGGUUAAAGGGACUUGCCUUGAACCCUUUCAAUUUGAAAGCGCCGCAUCAAGUGCAAAAGUUACGGAAUCAGUGUCUUAAAGUCAGGAAAAUUUUGUUUGCGGAAUCUGUUGGGAGUACUCAGAUGAAGCGAAAACUGGAACAGUUACAAGAAGAUACUGGUUCUGCAGUGGCUUAUGUAUCUGCUGAGAAUGAAUCUGACACUCCAAAUUUCAAGAAGAUUUGUGAAGAGAAAACCUCUUCUGCUUCUUCUUCAGUGAAUUCUGGUGAUAGCGCUGAUGACAACAGUUAUCAUCUUGUCUGUAAGUUGCAGAGCACAGGUAGUUCAUUGACAUUGGAGUAUAGAUAUCAUGAGAAACCAGUAGAUACCAAUGUCACUAUUGUGGAUGGUGCAAAACAAUAUAGAUAUCAUGAGAAACCAGUAGAUACCGAUGUCACUUUUGUGGAUGGUGCAAAACAAUCUGAUCUAUACAGCACAGAUGGUUCUCGCUUAAUUGAGACAGAUGAAUCAGUUACUGGUUUAAACCAAUUGAGUCCUGAAAUCUUGAAUGAACCAACCAUGGCAAAUUUUGAUGAUUCUGUCCACGGUCCAGAGUUUUCAAGUACAGAUGAAAAUGAUUCAUUACUUCUAAAAGCAUUGAAGCUUUGGAUUUCUAAGGGUGAUAAUCCUUUAAAAUCCGUUUCAAUGGAAGACAUCAAUGGUUCAACAUACAAAUCAGAGUUGAUUAGUGGAGAGGAUGAAGAUUUGAAACUUAGAAAAGCAUUGAAGUUAUGGCUUUCCAAUGGUAGGUGUCUUCCAAAACCUGUUAUUCCCACUGGGUCAGGCUUUCAGGCUGAAAUUCCAGAAUGGACAGGCUCAACCAAUAGGGGAAAUGACGACUUAAGGUGGUUGGGCACCCAAAUUUGGCCUAUUAAAGGCAAGGGUAAAGGAAAUGUUGUGAAAGAAGUUGGAAAAGGGAGACCUGACUCUUGCUCUUGUAUUUCACCAAGAUCUGCUGAUUGUGUCAAACGCCAUAUUCGUGAAGCUAGUAUCUGUUUGCAGUCUGAAAUUGGUCCUGCCUUUCUGAGUUGGAAGUUUGAUGAAAUGGGAGAAUCUGUUUCCAAGUCUUGGAAGGUGAAAGAACAACAAGCCUUUAAAUCUCUUGUGAAAAUGAAUCCGCUAUCAAAUGGAACAUGUUUUUGGGAGCUUGCCUUGAAGCGUUUUCCAUCCAAGUGCCAAAAGCGCCUUGUGAGCUAUUACUACAAUGUGUUUAUCCCUAGACGCAUGAGCCUCCAAACCAGAUCUUCCCGGGAGGAAAUUGACAGUGAUGAGGACCAGGUAGACGAUGAGGCUAACUAACUCGGCUUGCCGAUACAAUACUACAUUAGCCUUUAUACCCCCAGGUAGCUUGAAAUUGACAAUGAGCACGCAACUUGUGCCACUAAGUUGGGGUACAAACCCCAUUUUUUUGUAGACUGAUUUUGUCCAAUCAAAUAGCUGAGAUUCUUAUACAUAUCCCAUACAGAAGCUGUUUCAGCACCAAACGAUUUUUGAUGAUGAUGUCCAAAUGCAAUAUGAGAUUCUUCAUAUGUUUGUUACGUUUACUGUGUUAGAGUGAAUGGACUCCAAGAAACCAUUUAGAGUUCUGGUAAUUUCCACUUUAAAGCAUGAACAGCCUGUUUAAAUGUUUCAAGUAUGAUUGAAAGGGAUAUAAAAGUAUUAAAGUUUUCUUUA